AUGAAAAAAAGAGACACGAAUAAACUAGGAUCCAUCACAGCUCGCAUGGCAAUUUUAGACUCAAAGCCUACAACACCGCUAACGGCAAGAAACUUGCCGCUGGCAAUUUCGGAUACUCCAAAGCGUGUUAACUUGUAUAAAAGCAAUAUUUUUAUUCCUUUUGUCCAUGAAAGAGGAAGUACUGGGAAACUGCUUUCAAGCCGCUUUUUAGUUCCUGAAAAUACCCCACGGACCAAUUUGGAGCCAGGGUCUCUUCCUAAAACUCCUAAAAAGGCUCCUUUUUUGUCCUCAUCUUUAAAAACACUUCCAAGGACCAAAGCAAAAUGAAAAAUUCCUGAGGUCGGGUAUUAUAACCCUAAGCCUGCAUAUGAAAUGGGCCAUACAAAAAGCAUGCAAUUUCUCUCAACACCAACUUAUAGGACAAAAAUUUCAAAAAGAAAUGUUUUGUCUACAGAUUUAAUGGACAUGGACGAAAUACAUCAGCGUUUCUUUAAACAUAUAAAAGCGCCGAGCCUUGAUAAGCAGCUGUCUAGAGAAAGGCAAGAAGAGAAUAAUGAAUUAGACGAGUUUUUGAAGUGGCCGCCUUUAGAACUGCCAGAGCAUCUCAAAAGAUUUAAAGGAAUGUACCAUCUCGGGGAAUUUGCGAAAAAUGAAAUAUAUGAGAUGCCGAAAAAUUUUAUGGAUGUGGCUAACUCCCCUCCGUGAGCAAAGAAAAAAAAAUCUUAUUAGCUCACGGAGGGGGCUAAUUUUUUUUUAUAAAUUUCGUUUUAAAAAAAAUUCCAAAUUGAGAAGCAAAAAUUAAUUUAAUUUGCGAAAUUUAUAUUUUGAAAUGCAAGCUGUUUAAAAUGGAACUGAAUUAGCUAGAGAUUUCAUUAUAAUAAUUAUCAUUUAUAUAUCAAAAUCUUUUUUCAUAAAAAAUUUUUAUAUUAAAACAAUUUUUGUUCACUCACAGAGGGUGGGGUUUUGUGCAGAUUUUUCAAUGGUUUUUUCUUCGCUCACGGAGAGAGGGGAUAAGGAAAUUAAUGAAAAUAUUAAUUUGCAUAUGAAAGAGCUAAAAGAAAUCCAAAAACAAAUGAAAAGGAAAGACUUGUAA